GCCUAAAACCCUGCGGCUUCGCCUUCGCUUCGUUGGUGUUUACCGGCCAAGAGACGUUCUCCGAGCAAAAGUUCGAGUUUUCCGAUGGCAGGAUUCGUGUUCGAGCCCCCCAGCGACGAGGAAAUAGAGCAAAGUGAAAGUGAGACUGAAGUGGGACAAGAAGAAGAAGAAGAGGAUGAAGAGGAAGGUGAUGAGCUGAAACAAGAGAAACGACAAGAGAAACGAAAAAGAAAGGGGAAAACGCAGUCACCAUGGGACUUCUCGAGCUAUUAUGAACCGGUGGACGAGGAGCAUUCUAGACGGAGCACCACUUCAAUUGAUUAUAAAAUAUCGAAGGCUCGCGAGCGACUCCCCAUCGCCGCCGCCCAUGAGAGCGACCCUGACGAAAGUUCCGAUGGCCAAGUCCACCGCCAGGAAGAUUAUGAUCCAGAAGAGGACCAAGAUGCACCAACUACUAGUGGCGAUGAUGUGAAGUCGUCAUUCUUUUCAAAGGCUGAGGGUGUAACAUAUAAUGCAAACUCGUUUCUUGAGCUGCAUCUUUCCAGGUCUCUGCUUCGGGCAUGUGAAGCUCUAGGUUAUGCUAAACCCACUCCUAUUCAGGCUGCUUGUAUACCAUUGGCACUAACAGGACGCGAUAUAUGUGCCAGUGCAAUUACUGGCUCUGGGAAGACGGCUGCUUUUGCACUUCCAACAUUGGAGAGGUUGCUAUACAAGCCCAAGAACAGGCCUGCAAUUAGGGUCUUAAUUCUUACCCCAACAAGGGAGCUAGCUAUUCAGGUGCAUAGUAUGAUUGGGAAGCUUGCGCAAUUUAUUACUGAUAUAAGAUGUUGCUUGGUGGUUGGUGGUCUUUCAACAAAGGUUCAAGAAGCGGCCUUGCGGUCACUACCGGAUAUAGUUGUUGCGACUCCUGGACGCUUGAUAGAUCAUCUACGCAACUCCAUGUCAGUCCAUGUGGAUGAGCUUGCAGUUUUGAUUCUGGAUGAAGCUGACCGGCUUCUUGAAUUUGGAUUUAGUGCUGAAAUUAGUGAACUGGUGAAGAUGUGUCCUAAAAGGAGGCAGACAAUGCUAUUUUCAGCUACCAUGACUGAAGAAGUUGACGAGCUUAUCAAACUUUCUUUGAAUAAACCAGUGCGUUUGUCUGCUGAUCCAUCAGCAAGGCGGCCAGCAACAUUGACUGAAGAGGUGGUGAGAAUACGUCGAACACGUGAAGGAAAUGAAGAAGCUGUUCUUCUUGCACUGUGCUCUAAGACCUUUACAUCUAAAGUGAUUAUUUUCAGUGGAACUAAGAAAGCUGCACAUAGAUUAAAAAUUAUAUUUGGGUUAGCUGGUUUCAAAGCAGCUGAGCUUCAUGCAGACCUUACCAUGGGCCAACGUUUAGACGCCAUGGAACUUUUCAGAAAACAGGAAGUAGACUUUCUAUUGGCUACAGAUGUUGCUGCUCGUGGUCUUGAUGUAAUUGGUGUUCAAACAGUCAUUAAUUUUGCCUGUCCUACUGACCUUAAAAGUUAUAUUCAUCGAGUUGGCCGUACUGCCAGAGCUGGCAGAGAUGGAUAUGCUGUUACCUUUGUUACAGAUAACGAUCGGUCACUACUGAAAGCUAUUGCUAAACGAACAGGCGCACAGUUGAAGAGCCGUAUUGUAGCUGAGCAAGCAAUAGAAAAGUGGUCUCAAAUAAUUGAGCAAAUGGAAGAACAGAUCUCUUCCAUUCUUCAAGAGGAAAGGGAAGAAUUGUUGUUAAGGAAAGCGGAAAUGGAGGCCAAUAAGGCAGAAAAUAUGAUUGCCCACAAGGAUGAAAUUUAUUCACGUCCAAAAAGAACUUGGUUCGUAACAGAGAAGGAAAAGAAGCUUGCAGCUAAGGCAGCAAAGGAAGCAUUGGGAAAGAAGAAGAAUGGUAAGGAGACGAUAAGUGCUGAACAAGCAGAGCAGUUGAAGAUGAAGGAAAAGAGAAAACGAGAGCGGGAGAAAAAUUUACCUAGGAGAAAACAGAGGCAAUUGGAGGCAGCUAGAGAGAUGUUAGAGGAUGAAGGCAAAGAAGGAAAGGUACAAAAUGAUAAGAAUGAAAAAGGUGGGAUCUCUCUAGUCGAAUUGGGAUAUCGUAGGGCAAAGGCUGUGAAGGCUGCACAGAGGGCUGUUGAUGCUGGAAAAAUUGUUAAACUUCCCACAAAAAACCCCAAGAAAUCUGCUGAGAAAACUAAAUCAAGAACUGAAGAGAUGCAGGAACUUUUCCAAAACGACAUGAGCGAGAAAAGGCAGAAGCGAGCACUUCGGGUUGGUGGGAAAAGCAAAUCCUCUUUCAAGAGCAAAGCAAGGUAUAAACGCCGGUAGGUUCAAAUUGUUGAUCAUCAAUCCCCUAAAGGCUAAAUCUUAGGGCAGCCUGCUUCAAAUGGGAUGAUACCUCCAUUUGUCCCAUUAAUUGAAUAGCUUGCAGCCUCUCUUCCAAAUUGUGGAUUGGUCAUACUAUGGUGAAGAUUCUGUAUCUUUUUUAUCGAAAAUUGAGGUGUUGAAGAGAGUAUAGUGUGCCUGGGCAUCAUAUUUGGGAUUUGAUUUUGAUUUUUGUGGCUUGUGUUUGUAAUUCAAGGUACUACAUUAAAUGUUUUAUCACCGUAUCAUAUGUAUUUUAUAAAUUAUUAAGUGCUUCCCAUUGGUACUUGAUCACGUAAA